ACUGUGCUGUGCUCUAGUGGCCGCCCAGUGCUCUCCUCCAUCCCCUGAACAAUCCCUUGCAUUUCCGUUGACCGCGAUAACCUACGCUUUGCUUUUGCUCCGCCGCUGUUUCCGCCGCCGCAACGAGCCAACGAUGGAGGUGGGAGACCCUCACGUGGAGGCCGCCGUGCUCUGGCUUGCGCGGACCAUCCUGGAGGUCCUCUUCGCCGGCAAGAUGGAGGCGUGGAUUCGCCAGGUUGGGCUCACCGACGACACCGGGAGGCUCAAGUCCGAGAUCGAGAGGGCGGAGGCGGUGGUCGCUGCUGUGAAGGGGAGGGCGGCGGAGAACAGGCCGCUGGCCCGGUCGCUCGGUCGCCUCAAGGAGCUGCUCUACGACGCCGAUGACAUGGUCGACGAGCUCGACUACUACAGGCUCCAGCACCAGGUCCAGGGAGGGACGAUUGCUUUGGAUAAUCAGCCCCAAGGCACGGAUGUAAAUGGUGGACCGCAGCUAGUUGAUGGAUCGAGGGACAACUCUGGCAUACCAAAUACUAAAAACGACCGCAAGAAACGGUCCAAGGCAUGGGAGGAAUUCAGCAUAACAGAAGAAGAUGCUGACGGAAAGCCUGUGAAAGCAGAGUGUAUUCACUGUCACACGGUGGUUAGAUGCGAGACUACUAAAGGGACAUCAGUUCUGCACAAUCAUCUCAAGAGUGAGAAUUGCAAGAGAAAACGUGCAGCAAUUGAACAAGCGCCAUUAUCUUCAAGUGCUGAUGAUGGUGCACAAAAUGGUGCCACCGUUUCGACUCAUGAUUCAGAUAGAAGAAAAAGAAUGAGAAGUGAUGAGGUGUUAGUACACAACACCGCAGCUAACACUUGCCUCUGCAACAAGGCAGAAAUUUGCAGUAGAAUCCAACAGACGACUCAUCAUUUGCAAGAGGCUAUCAAUGAUUUUCAGAACCUAUAUGGAACGAACUCUGUUGAAAGUUCGAAUCUCAAUCAGAACACAGCUGCAGAUUCAAGCCGAGAAACGUCAAGUCUUGUUCAAUGCAAAAUGUACGGGAGAGUUGAUGAGAAGAACUCCAUCAUAGAGCAUAUGAGAGGAGCCAAGCCUGACAGUGUGAUUGUUCUUCCUAUUGUAGGUAUCGGAGGUAUUGGGAAGACAGCACUAGCUCAAAUCAUAUACAAUGAAACAACUGUGAAAAGCCUGUUUGAUUAUAGGAUAUGGAUUUGGGUGUCUAGCAACUUCGACGAAGUGAGACUUACAAUGGAGAUGCUAGACUUUGUUUCUGAAGAAAAGUGUGUAGGGAUAAGCAGCUUGGCUAGACUUCAGGAGAUCUUGGUGACUCAUGUCACAUCAAAGCGGACUCUACUUAUUCUAGAUGAUGUCUGGGGCGACAUCAAUGCUUGCCGAUGGAAUAAACUGUUGGCUCCUUUGAAGUCUGACAAGGGUAAUCUGAUUAUUGUGACUACUAGAAAAUUGUCUAUUGCAAAAAGGAUGGGCACAGUCGAACCCAUCGAGUUAGGUCGUUUGCAGAAUGACGAUUUCUGGCUGUUGUUUAAAACAUGUGCAAUUGGUGAUAAUAAUGACAAAGAGCACCCAAGUCUAACCAUCAUUGGUCAAGAAAUAGCAGAGAAAUUACAGGGUAACCCAUUAGCAGCAGAAACUGCAGGGAUGCUUUUAAGAGAGCAGCUUACAAUUGACCAUUGGAGUAACAUUCUAAAGAACGAAACAUGGAAAUCCCUGCAACUCAAUGGAGGCAUCAUGCAUGCUUUGAAAGUUAGCUACGAUGAGCUGCCUUACUGCUUACAACAAUGCUUCUUGUAUUGUUCUAUAUUCCCAAAAAAUUAUCAGUUUCUUAGCCAUGAGCUGGUCUGUACUUGGAUCUCACAGGGAUUUGUGAAAUAUAGCCAUUGGACUAAAAGAUUGGAGGAGAUAGGGCAGAACUAUCUCACUGAUUUGCUGAACUCUGGCUUCUUUAAGCAAGUUGAAACUAAAGAUCCCACUCUAGGUGAUCAAACAUUCUAUGUUAUGCCUCCUCUUAUGCAUGACUUUGCAAGGCUGGUUUCAGGAACUGAAUAUGCAGUCAUAGAUGAUCUAGCAGGCAGAGAUGUACUCCCAACUAUACGUCAUUUGUCAAUUAUAACUUAUUUUGCGUACCAUGAAGGUCAACAUGGGAACAUACUUCGUAAUGAGAGGUUUGAAGAAAAAUUGCGAAGAGUAGUUAAUUCAACAAGAAAAUUGAGGACAUUGGUCCUAGUUGGGAAGUAUGACUACUUCUUCCUCCAAUCCUUGCAAGGCAUAUUCCAGAAGGCACAGAAUCUACGGGUACUGCAAAUUUCUGAAGCAUAUACUGAUUUCGGUUAUUCUGUGUGCAAUUUGGUGAAUUGUACUCAUGUUCGAUAUCUAAAACUUAGGGGCAAAGAGGACAAUGAAGUUUUGUCUGAAGCUCUGAGCAAAUUCUACCACCUGCAAGUAUUAGAUAUUGGCUUGGAUACAUAUUCUACUGUACCUAAUGGUAUGAAUAACCUUAUCAGUCUACGGCAUCUUGUUGCAUCGAAGGCAGUGCACUCUUCAAUCAGUAGCAUUGGUAAAAUGACUUCUCUUCAGGAACUGCAUGACUUUAAAGUUAAAAAUUGCACCAACUUUGAGAUAGCACAGCUUCAAUCCAUGAGUGAGCUUGCUCAGCUUGGUGUUUCUCAGCUUGAAAAGGUUGCAACUAGAGAGCAGGCAUAUGGAGCAAAUCUGACAGAAAAACUUCACUUAGAAAAGCUGCACUUGUCAUGGGAGUAUAACCAGUCACAGGAUGAAUAUGAUGGUGACAUGAACUCUGAGACUUCUUUCGAGAUAGUAGAAAUAGGGACCAGCAAAGAGGUGCUUGAGGGUUUCGAACCACAUCAGUACCUAAAUCUUCUUCAGAUUUCUGGGUAUCGAAGUUAUACCUUCCCAGAUUGGCUUGCUAGCACUGUCUCAGUCACCUAUCUGCAGACACUUCAUUUGGAAGAUUGUAGAGAAUUGCAAGUACUUCCCUCACUAGAAAGGCUUCCACUUCUUACCAAGCUGAAGUUAAGGAAUAUGCAGAAAGUAAGGCAAGUAACAGUUCCUCCGUUGGAGGAGCUGGUGUUGAUUAAGAUGCCAAAGCUGGAGAGAUGCUCCUGCAAUUCAGUGAGGGACUUGAACUGGAGCACAAGGAUACUGAUGAUUGAGGGAUGCGGUGUAUUAAAGGUAUUUCCUCUGUUCGAUAGCUGUGCAAAAAUCAUAAUGGAGCAAAAGUCAUGGUUGUUCGGUCUUAGCGAGCUUACCAUCCAUGACUGUCCUAAUCUAAUAAUAUCACAUACUCUACCACCUUCAAGUAGUGUUUGUAGAUUAUCCAUCGCUAGAGUUUCAACACUUCCAGAGAUGAAGGGAUCAACCAAUGGAAAAUUGACAAUUAGGGGGCAUUACAACCGUGGAUGGGAUAUUUUGUUCAGAUGUCCUGAUAAGCCAACGAAACUGGAUGACAACUUUUUGUCAAUCCAUAAUCUCAGGGCCUUAACUAGCUUGCAUCUAGAAAAUUGUGUCGACCUUUUCUCUCCAGAUAUUCUGCCAGAGCAUGCACGUGAAGACAUGGCAGAUGUGAAAUUCAAUGUCCUCCCAUCUCUCAAGCAUCUAGAUAUUUUUUGUUGUGGAAUAUCUGGGAAGUGGCUAUCUGUGAUGCUGCGACAUGCACCGGCCCUAGAGGAAUUGGAUUUGCAGCUUUGUAACCAGAUAUCAGGACUGUCGAUAGAAGAGACAGAGAGCAGUUCAUUAAACCACACCACAACUCCACGGGCUUCAUCAGCUAGUAAUCCAGAAGACACAUUACCUAGCUCAACACCAGAGGGACUCCUGCGCAUUCCGUCAAAUCUCAUCCCCUCUCUCAAGAAAAUAAUUAUUAUGUGCUGCGAUGAGCUAACAUUUCAGGGGGAGGAUGGCUUCUCUGGAUUCACCUCCCUUGAAAAGCUAACAAUUCGGGGAUGCCCCAAGCUGAUCCCAUCUUUGGUGCACAAAUACGAAAACAAGGACCAGCGAAACGGAAGAUGGCUUCUCCCGCAUUCACUUGUCGAACUUGAGAUCAGCGGUUCCCCAGAAACGCUGCAGCCCUGCUUCCUAGAAGUUCGCAACUGCCUCAAAAAGUUAGAAAUAGCCUACAGCUCAAGUUUGGAAUUGCUACAGCUGCGUUCCUGCACAGCACUGGAGGAGUUGAUGGUUAAUGGUUGUGAAUCGCUCGCGGCACUGGAGGGAAAUUUCGCAUGCCUCAAGGAAUUAGUGCUGGAGGACAACUCAGGGUUGGAAUCGCUACAACUAUGUACCUGUACAACACUGGAAGGCUUGAUGAUCAAAGAUUGUGCAUCACUUUCCAUGCUAGAGGGUAAUUUCACCUGCCUCCGGAAAUUACAACUGCAGGGCAACCCAAAUCUGAAAUCAGUACAGCUGCGUUUGUGCACAGCACUGGAAGAAUUGCUGACUGUCGAUUGUGAAUCGCUUGACACACUAGAGGACUUCCGGUCCCUCAGAGGUCUCAGGUAUUUGGACAUAUUCCGCUGCCCUGGCUUAUCUCAUUAUCUGGAGGGCCUGUCUAGUCAGGGCUAUGAGGUGUGCGCUGGACUGGAAAGGCUUCGCACCGAUGAUUACUCUUUACUUGCCAUGUCUUCUGCAAGUACCUCACCUCCCUUCGACGCCUAGAGUUUAGCGAUGCUGAGGGGGAAGUGACAAGAUUAACAGAUGAGCAAGAGAGUGCGCUUCAGCUCCUCACGUCCCUGCAGGAGCUCCGAUUUGGGUAUUGCGGCAACCUUGCACAUCUUCCUGUGGGUCUGCACAGCCUUCCCUACCUCAAGAGGUUGGAGAUCAUUGAUUGCGAAGGUAUCUUAAGGCUGCCAAUAAUGGGCCUCCCACCUUCGCUGGAAGAACUGGUGAUCAAGCGUUGCCCCGAGGAGCUAACUGAGCAGUGCAGAAAGGUAGCAACAACAAGAAGCAAGCCAAGGGUCAAAAUUGAUUGGACAUAUGUGAACUGAUUAAGACUGACAGCAAGAGGUUCGGGGAGUGCGACGUUGCCUUCAUCAACAUUGGCUCCACCAUCAUCCGAGUUGGAAGCGUUGAGUCUUGUCUCCGGCGCCAUGGCUGAUAUUUCUUUCUCUGCUAGAACUUGAGUUUUGUAGCGGGCGCGCCUAGAAUACGCAUUAAACUCUGAAUUGUACAAGGCUGAAACCUUGAGAAUGCUUUGUUCCGCUGGAAUAAAGUGGGGAGACCUUUUCUCUAACAAAAUAUGUGAACUGAUUACUGGGUGGUAAGCAGACUUGUCUACCGGCACGGCGGGUCUCACUUUGUUGCCUUCUAUGGUAUUCAAGCUUCUGUACGUUUGUCUACUGCAAUUGACCGUCUUCCGGAUUAUUAUCAUGCAACUACAUGUUGUUCAAGAAACCGUUCACUCGUCCCCUUCCCUUUGGGAUCACUUGUCGCAGGGCUCAUGUUUGCCAGACAGAGGCCAGAGAGUGUUCACCUAGGAUUCUAGGUGGCUUCAAAUGGAGGCUACAAAGAAAUCUCCAAUUAGUAAUGGUAGGAUGAUGGGAUGGAGCAAACUCAUAUUGCUCUGCCAGAAAUCAGCUGGGCUGCCUGGGUUUGGUAAGGGGGAAAAUAGGAAAUCAGCCUGAGCUAGUGAGCAUACAGCUAGACAGCUAGUCUGUGAAAAUUUGAACAUCUGUGUGGGAUAUGCCACCUUAAUAGUUAUGAGUGCAUUUUGUCUUAUUCUGGGGUGACCACAUACUGACUGUGGAACUUUUCUUGUUCAAUCUGCUGGGAUGUUACUUGUCCAGUGCCAUAGUUAUGCCAAUAUUGAAAACUUUGAAGGUUGUACGGAGCUUGAUCCAUCACCACCUCGUUGCAGAGAGGUUGUCUGUCUUUGCCUGUACAGACAAGCUUUAUGCCUUCAA